AUGAUCAGACAAACUCCACGUCGAUGCCAACAAGGGCCUCAGUGCAAAUCCAGACACGUCCCUACUCCGACGCCGCAGUCAACUCGCAGACAUGGUCAGUAUCCAUACCUGAAUCUGAAAAUCAAAAAAGAAUACACCGCGGAAGGCAAGGAUAUCAAAAUGCCUCGACCACUACACACCAGACAAGCCGGCGUCCUCAAGAGACAGUUCUCCAUGAUAUCCGACGACACGGGGUUUGAUCAGUUCCAGAGUCAGAGUCAGAUCCAGCCUCAGAGAAGCAUCUGCGCCAGUGCCGCAACAGUCACACAUCCAACACCAAAAGGCGAAGCAAACGAGCCCGACAUCGAACCUCCAUUGUUCUUUGAUUACAAAAACUAUCAGAAAGCUAUGGUUGCCCUUGAUCCAGCAGAACUUUCCAUUGAUCCUGAUCCCGUUACAAUCGCGGAGAUCAGUCGCGAAAUAGGAGACGGUUUCGAGGGUUACUCUAUAUGCGACAGGUUGGAUGAUAUUUGGAACAUACUCUUUGAGACCAUGGAUGGCGAAGGACUGGAGUGGAUCUUGCCUAUCAUGAACUGGAACAUGCACAAGAACGGUGGUGACUUGCCUCACUCGAGAGAGGAGGACAGACCAUCAGAGACUGGUGAUUCAGACAUGGGCAUGGUGGAUGAGAAUAUGGCUCUGGCAGGUGCGGAUUUUGAUGCACUCUUCCAAGAGAUGACAGACACUGGUCUAAUCCUAGACUGA